AUGGAAACGGCGAUUGCAUCACGUUCAGGAGAACACCUCCUCUGAAUGCUGAGAUGCCUCUCAUCAUCGUCUACCUCAACCCUCACACAUCAAAAUGUCCACAUCCACCACCCCACCCACAACGACCUUAACAACCCGCCGCAAACGCAUCAUUGUCGCCCUCACCGGCGCCACCGGCACCAUCCUGGGCAUCCACGCCCUCCUGGCCCUGCGGGCCCUCAACGUCGAAACCCACCUGGUCCUCAGCAAAUGGGCCGAGAACACCCUGAAGUACGAGACGGACUACACGGUGGCGAACGUGCGCGCGCUCGCCGACUUCGCCUACAGCAACCACGACCUGGCCGCGCCCAUCGCUAGCGGCUCCUUCCGCGUCGACGGCAUGAUCGUCGUCCCCUGCAGCAUGAAGACGCUGGCCGCCAUCAACGUUGGGUACGGCGAGGACCUGAUCGCCCGCGCCGCCGACGUCAUGCUCAAGGAGCGCCACCGCCUCGUCCUGGUCACCCGCGAGUGUCCGCUGAGCAGCGUGCACCUCGAGAACAUGCUGGGCGUGACGCGCCACGGGGCGAUCGUGUUCCCGCCGGUGCCGGCGUUCUACACGCGCCCGGCCGGGUUGGCGGAGGUCGUUGAGCACAUUGUUGGGCGGGUGUUGGAUCUGUUUGGGUUGGAGGUGGAGGGGUUGCCGAGGUGGGAGGGGUUUGUGAAGGAUUGAUUUUUUUGGGAUUGGGAUUGUGUUUUCGUAGAAG